CUUUCUUCCUGUCUUUGCUGCCAGACUGGAGAGUAAACACACCCACGCAGCAAAGCCGGCUUGAAUCUCGAUUCUUUUGUUGAUGCCACACCCUGAGCUUUUUCCCGUUGUAGGGAUGUUUUCAUGAGCUCAUGCCACAGGUAAUCUUGUACGUUUGACAGGAAGCGCUACUUUAAGAUGAAGAAGAUAUGGUCCAAGAAGAGAUUUCAGAGAACUGGGCAUUCUACAUGGACAUUUGGCAGAUUUACCCAUGCCAUCCAGCAGUUUAGCUGGUGAUUUUAGACUCUAAUGGGUACGAAGAGGAUUGGUCGUGUGGGUGAGAGAGAUGCUGGUUUCCAUAGUAACGGUGCUCUCCCGUCUGCCCUCUCUUGCUGCCACUAUGGAAGCGAAGUUUUCCGCUCCUGCCGAAAGCAAAGCUAUGACUCUGAGGCCACAGAGGAUGAUACUACAGAACCUCAGAUGGAAACCAAAGAAGGGAGGCACCAAGACAAGGCUGGGCGGAGAGGGCCUUCAGGUGAGGGAGGGAGGAUGAUGGAAUAUAACCUUGAUGCUACAGACCGCAGGGCCACCCUCCCAGGUGCUUAUGACCCUGUGGUGGAGCGAGAGCUUCGUACCCUGGGCUCCCGCCCUCUGGGACCCUAUUUAGAGGCCUCAAACCCAGCCAGGCAAGCUCUCGGUGGGGUUCCCGCCGAGGGGGCCCCCCCUGUUCGUCACCUGGGUGUGGAACCGCUGAUCCGGGCGUCUCACGCUAACCUGGCCCGGCCUGUUCAGGGGUCAGAGGAAAGUGUUUCUGUAGGCAGUGACUACUAUGGGAGCAUGUUCAGCCUCUACAGAGGGAGAACAUUUUCUAUGCCAUUAUAGCACAUGGCUUUUUUUUCCAGGAUUCCACUGAAAACAAAAAAGACUGGCCACAAUUCUCAAAUUGCAAAAAAAACUCAGACAAAAGACAAGACAUUAUAUCCUCCAUAGAUGCAAAAAUGGUACUCUGUAUGUUAUAAGUUACAAAUAUUUGCUCUUAUUUCAUACAUUCAAGCAUUUUGUUCAUACUAUGUUACUUCCUCUUUUUUUUACCUGUCACACUUUCCUUUGACUCAGUUUUUUUAUUGCUGUGAGUGUGCUUUGAUUCCAGUCUAACAAUUAUGUCUUACAAAGUAUCAUUGGUAAUAUUUCUUAUAGCCAUUAGAGAGGGCGCAGUGGUACAAUCUGCUAAUAUGUAUUAUUCAGCACUACUGAAAACUGUGAUUACUCUUUUUACCCACUGCAUGUUUUCGAGAUCGGUUUCUCACUUCUGGAUUAACACCAUGUCUUUAUACAUUUGCAGUGGCAUGCAUAGAUUGCUGGCUUUGGUCUAAGCUAAUAUCAGUACGAAUGUUCUCACAAAUUAAUAAUCAUGUGAUUCACAAGAUGUUUUUAGGCAUGAUGGUUUUGUAUUUGAAGUUAAAGCAGGGGGAUGUUUGUAAGAGUUCAUAUUAUGAAUCUGCAAUUUUGUUGCUGCAACAUGUCUUCAGUUUCCAAUUUUUGCUGUUUUAGAGUGUCUUCAGCCUAACCACAGUUAGAUAAAAAUCUUUAUUUUAAAGGUGCACAGCAUUAUUUAUAUUAUUUUAUCUUCUUUUUCCUGACACUUCAUUUUACACGGAUGAUGUACUGCUGAAAAAGAGACACAAAGAGCACAUACAAAACACAAUGAACUCACUGGUCAAUGUGAAAACAUAAGACAAAAUGACACAAAUGGACAUUCAUCUGCUUUUUUCUUACUCUUCUAAUGCUUAUGGCAACUGCAUUAGAGCUCUAACUUGACACCUCAAUUUCCCCUCAAUCCUUGCAACUCUAGGACUCAAACUGCUGAUGUAUCACAGGAGCGCGCUUUGUGUGUCUCCCUGCCUUCUCCCCAGCCACCACCCACUCUAUACAAAAACAGCAUCAGUACCACAACCCAAGACUUGGAUAAAACUAAACCUUCAGAGCCUCAGUCUUCUAAGAUCAACCAGUCAUCUAGUGUUAACAGUGUUGUUAUGACAUCCAAACUGGCUCAUACAGGCCCAAAGAUUUUUGACAAGGUCCAGGCUUUUGAGGAUCAAAGGACCAGCAUUGAUCUGCAAGAAGGAAUCAGAUCAGGAUUUGGUCAAGCAGCUUCCUUCGACCUAGUUAACAGUGCAAAGAAGACAGGAGGCCCCAGCAAAGAGCAGGUCAGAGUCCUGGAGGGUGCAGCCCAGAAGCGUACAGUGUUCAAGCAACGGGCCUCUUCUUUAGAGGACAAGACAAAUUACUCCCAGAAGGUCCAGAGCUACCAGAGUAAGUUUGCUGAAGAACUCCAGAGGAUCAGGACACUUGUGGGGAAUCCCCGUUUAAAAAAGGCAUAUUCCACUGAACAGCUGUCACAGAAACAAAGGCUGACCCCAGAGAAGCUAGAGCCCAUUCCUCCCCAAGUGGUUAAAAAGUUGGAGGCAAGGGAGCAAGCCUUGGAGGAAAGUGAAGUUGGAGAGAGGGGAGCAGACAGAAGAUUGCAGAUUCCUCGGCAGGCCCAAACCAAAGCUCUGGAGAAUCAAACUCACAACUCUGAAAAGGAUAUGAUGACAGAGCCAGAUUCUCAGGGGAAACCAGUGGAUGGCUCAUCACAAAGAAGAACAGGGAAAAUCUCUGUUACCAUGGAGACGGCACCAGUUCAUCAGUUACCCAGGCAACCAUUGCCAACAGCCACAAAGACAAUCUUAACAAGGGAAACCUUACAAAGCUCUCUGGCAGCUGACAAAGAUGCUCUUGUCAAAUCUCACAAAUCAUCAUCCUUGUCCAGAGACACAGUUUCAAAGAUAGACACCAAGAUGGAUAACAAAGCAGAGCGCAGGUCCCCCAGCCCGAAUGGGAAGAGAACUUUGAGGGAACCAGAGUCCCAUUCUCCAGUCAAGCCCCCCCGGCUCACCCCAUCACCCUCUCCUUCCAUCAGCCCUCUCCUGAAAAGGAGGAAGGCAGAGGUGGGCCAGAGGUCUCCAGCCUUGAAAGUGAACAUCCCCACUAUCCUGGUAGAGGAUGAACCCAUGGAGACAGAAUGUGUUGCAGACAGACCUGACAAGACCAGAAGGAAAGAGCGAAGCAUUCACAAGAGCAAGGAAAGUCAUUCUGUACAACCCAGGUCUCCAGAGGAAGGGUGCUCCUCUGAUGACCCCUACCUUUCUGCUGAUGAAGAGCCAGCUGAGAGCCUGAGGUUUGAGAGGCCUCUGGAGGAUGCCAUGGCACCGAGCGGCUCAGAGGUCACACUGAAAUGUGUCAUCACUGGGAACCCGGCCCCUGCAGUAACAUGGAGGAAAGAUAAUGUGGAGAUUCAAAGCGACACCCACCAUGUAAUAAAGGCCGAGGGUGAGAAGCACAGUCUGGUGAUAAAGCAGAUGAGGCUGAACAACGCAGGGUCAUACUGCGUCACAGCUGUCAACACAGCGGGCAGAGUGUCUUGCAGCGCCACACUCUCCGUCCAAUCAGAGCUGACCUGUGGGCAGUGUGAGAAACCAGCCAAACCUCAGGAAGUCAGUAGUCCAAUCCACUCAGAUGAGGAGUAUCUGAGUCCUCAGGAGGAUGCAAUGGAGGUUGGGGACUUGCCUGCUCUGAGUAAAAGUGUCCACUUCAAAGAGCCCCCUUCGUUUCAGGUGGCACCAUGUGACCAGGGGGUAACUGAGGGUCAAGAUGUUGUCAUCACAGCAAAGGUCAGAGGACAGCCAAGACCUAUGGUUUACUGGUUAAAGGACAAACUCACAGUGAAGACAGCAGGACGCUUUACUAUACAAGAGACAGAAGAUGGCAGCAGUGAAAUAAGAAUCAGUUCAGUUCAGAGGUCUGAUGCAGGGCUUUACAUUUGCAAGAUCAUCAAUGAGUAUGGUACCAAGCAGGUGGAGUGCAAAGUGGAGGUCAAAGCUCAAACAGCACUGAAAAUCACCAGGGAGGUAGAAGACGUGUCAGUCAGGGCUGGAGAGUCGGCCAUGUUUGAGUGUUACAUUACAGGACCUUCAGAUGUUGAUGUGGAUUGGCUGUCCAAUGGGAAGCUGAUCCAGCCAGCGCUGCUCAACUGCAAGAUGCACUUUGAUGGAAAGAGGUGCCGUCUGCUGCUAAAUUCAGUACAUGAAGAUGAUAGUGGGACGUACACUUGCAAGCUGAGCACAGUCAAAGAGGAGUUAACCUCAAGUGCAAACCUGAGGGUCACUCCAUCCAGGGAGCCUUUGUUCACCCAUAAACUGGACAUCCUGGAGGUCAUUGAAGGUCGGACUGCCCGGUUUGACUGUAAGGUGAGCGGAUCUCCCGCGCCACAAGUCACAUGGAUGCAUUUUGAGACACAAGUGGAGGAAAGUGAUAAUGUUUGCAUCCUUCAAGAAGGGGGUCGUCACUCGCUAGUCAUCGCCCACGUUAGCAGUGACACAGAAGGCUUCUACACAGCAGUUGCUCAUAACAUUUUUGGGAAGUCUGAAUGCACUGCUGAGCUCUACAUGCAAGAACCCCGAGCUGCUAUCUCUUCUCACAUGACAAAGUUGGAGAAGAUGCCAUCUAUCCCUGAGGAGCCUGAAGUGCUGGAGAGUGAGGUGGAGAAGAGGACCAUGCCAGACUUUGUGAAACCUCUGGCUGAUGUGGAAGUGAUUGAAGGGAUGAAAUGCAAGGUAGCAGGUCUGCCCUACCCAGCUAUCUCCUGGUACCAUAACGGAAAGCGCAUUGAGAGCAGUGAGGAACGUAAAAUGACUCAGUACAGGGAUGUCCACAGUCUGCUCAUUCGGAGCGCUUGUCAUGCUCAUGGGGGUGUCUACAAGGCCGUCAUAUCCAACAAAGUGGGCAAAGCAGCCUGUUACGCACAUCUAUAUAUAACAGACAUUGUUCCUGACCCGCCUGAUGGCCCUCCAGUGAUCGAGGCCAUUACAGGGAAAAAUAUAAGUCUCAGCUGGAAGACACCAAAGAGGCUUGACCCUUCAUUUGGUAUGUUGACUAUGCCGGGCUCUAUCCAGUGGUCUGUUGUGGCGUCUAACCUGAGAGAGACCAACUACACAGUCACCUCCCUGUCUAAGGGAGUCCGCUACGCUUUCAGAGUCCUGGCAUCCACUGGCAAGACACUAAGCAAACCAUCACUCUCCACUGACCUGGUCCAGCUGCUGGAUAGAGGACCCUAUUUGAAGAGAGCGCCAGUCAUUUUGGACAAACCAGAUGUUGUUUAUGUGGUUGAGAACCAGCCUGCAAGCAUCAUCAUCACACUGAACCAUGUGCAUGCAGUUGUCACCUGGAAAAGGAGGGGCGAGGUGCUGGUCAACAAACCUGGGAUGUAUGAGUUGAGCAUGCCAGAUGACGAUCAGCACGCCCUGAAGCUUCAGCGGGUCAGGAGCACAGAUAUUGGCCAGUUUGUGGUCACCGCCAGCAACCAGUUUGGCAGCGACCUCUGCACACUUCAGCUGGCCAUUGCAGUGUCUCCUAAGUUUGAAACCAUCAUGGAGGAUGUGGAUGUGCAUGUUGGGGAGACAUUGCGCCUGGCUGUGGUGGUUGGAGGGAAACCAGACCCAGAUAUGCUGUGGUAUAAGGAUGACAUGCUUCUCUCUGAAAGCAGCCACUUCACAUUUGUAUACGAUGAUCCAGAAUAUUCCCUUGUUGUCCUCAAUGCCCAGCCUGAGCACUCUGGUGUGUACACCUGCACUGCAAAGAACCUGGCCGGCACCAACUCCUGCAAGGCGGAGCUCACAGUUCACUCAGAACGAAAACAGCCGGCAGAGCCAGUGGAGGACGAGGGAACUAUUCUGAGGAAGAUGAGGCAUUUGACGGAUUACUAUGAUAUCCACAAAGAGAUAGGGAGGGGGGCCUUCUCCUAUGUGAAGAAAGUGACUCAAAAAAAGGGAAAGGCAGAGUUUGCUGCCAAGUUCAUUUCUGCACGAAGCAAAAGGAAAGCCUUGGCUCUCAGAGAGAUGGACCUGCUGUCAGAGCUGGACAAUGAGAGAAUUCUCUAUUUUCAUGAUGCCUUUGAGAAGAAGAACAUGGUGGUGCUCAUCACAGAGCUAUGUCACGAGGAGUUGCUGGAUAGAUUGGCCAAGAAAACAACAGUCAUGGAAGUGGAGGUUUGUGCGCUUCUGCUGACAGCACUGUACUGUCAUUAUAAAAAUAUUGCCCACCUCGAUAUAAAGCCAGAAAAUAUUUUAAUGGCAAGUCCCGGGAGUGACCAAAUCCGUAUUUGUGACUUUGGAAAUGCCAUAAAAUUGGAGACUUCAGAGGAAUACUACUGCAAAUACGGGACGCCAGAAUAUGUUGCACCAGAGAUUGUUAACCAAACUCCCGUCUCCACAGCAACAGACAUAUGGCCUGUUGGUGUCAUCACUUACCUGUGUCUGACUGGUGUGUCUCCUUUUGCUGGUGAGAAUGACAGAGACACUGCCUUAAACAUCCGUAACUACAAUGUGGCAUUUGAGGAAAGCAUGUUUUCUGACAUCUGCAAGGAAGCAAAGGGAUUUGUCAUCAAACUUUUGGUGGUGGACAGACUGAGGCCCAGUGCCACUGAGUGCCUUCGUCAUCCUUGGUUCAAGUCACCAACAAACAAGAGCAUCAGCACAGCUAUGCUAAAGCAAGUUUUGUUUAGGAGGCGAUGGCAGCGUUCCCUUAUCAACUACAAAUCCAAGAUGGUGAUGCGAUCCAUUCCAGAGCUCCUGAAUGACUCAUCCAGCCACAUCUCUAUUGCUGUGGCCCAGCAUUUAAAAGAAGGCUCCCCACCACCUUCCUCUUCCUCCGACUCAGAUGCAGAUGUGGAUGAGCUUCCCUUCAUUCCUAUGCCACUGUCCAUGGUUUUUUCUGGUUCCAGGGUCUCCCUUACCGAGAUCCCAGGGGACGAGGAUAUCGCCAGAUGGCCCAGUGUUUCUGCUGAUGGGAAAAGGAGAAAGGAUGACACUGAGGUAGCAGAUACAAAAGGAGGGGCUAGUAAAAGGUUAAAUGAUGAAGAGGAAACCUUAAAUGAGGAGGAAAUUGAAAAGACAAAACAAAUUCCCCUUAAAAAAGGAUCAAGUGUGGAGGCAGAUGACUCACAGGCCAAAGCUAAGCGGGCUACCAUGAGGAGAGGCAGUUCUGCUGAUUCAGCACUGCUUCUCCGAGUUGACCCAGAAGAGGGAAAUGCCAAUGAGGAUUCACAAGCAAGUAACAAGAAUCUUAAAAAGUCUGUUUCUAUGGAACUGCCAAAUCGCAGCCCAAGCCCUGGUGCAACAAAGUUAAGCCAGGAGGAUUAUGCCCUAAAACUGGAACUAAUGAGACAGAGGCUGCUCAGGGGAGGAAGUAUGGACAAAAAGAUGAGCGGCCUGCGAGGGCCUUUGUUUGAGACACUUGGCAUGGAAGAUGAGAGGCGGACAGGGUCUCUUGAUCGAAAUGUGAGGAAAUCCAAAGCAGGGACAACAACACUCAUCAGAGCAGCAUCUUCUGAUUAUCCUGGAGACACACCAAAGACCAAAGUUUUUUGCAAAAGCACCUCCUUCACUCAUGGGGAUUCUGAACCCAUGCCACUGCACCGCAGAUUUGGAGCCCCCUUAGAAAUCCCAUCUGUUACCAGUGGCACCAUAGAAGGGAAGAAGCUCCAGGAGGCAACUUCAAUGACUGCAUUAACAGAACAAACUAUGUUAGAGUUUCCACCUGCCUCCCUAACAGAGAUGACUUCUUUUAUACUCCCAAGACCAGGAGUGGACCAACAGCAAAAGCAGAACAAUGUGAAACAUGAGGACAUCCAUGGGAUAACAGAGAAAAGGACCAAAAUCCAGUUAGAAAAGGCAGAUAAGGUAGAAUCUGAAUCUAUAUCACCCUCUGUCAUUACUCCUGUAAUUGUGAUAGAGGAGGACAAUGAAGAAGAAGAAAGGAAGGAAAAUCACAAGUUACAGAUUAAUGAAAAGGACGUGAAGAGAGACAAAGAAACACCACAAAAUAGUAAAUUGCCAUCUGCGUGUGCAGGUGUCAUUCAAACUACUGCAGUGCCAUCUCAAACAUCUAACAAGGCCCAAUCCAGAGAUCCUUCUGCUACAGCCAAGCCAAAUGAUACAAAAUCAACAGAUGCCCCUACAUUACCUGAACAUCCAGCAGUAUUUGCCAAAGUAGCUGACAGAUCAUCAUCAUCACCAAACACUGAACUUCCUGCCAUUCCCCGCCAGCCUGUGCUAAGAACAGACAUCAAAGACAUAGAUUCAGAGGAGGUCUUUGAAGCCAGGUUUAAGAAACGGGAGUCGUCUUUGACUCGUAGCCUUCGAAAACUGACUGGAAACAAAUCAGAGGAGAAAUUACCUGUAUUAAGCCAGAAAGUGAUUGAAGGGAGUGAAGAGGUUUACAGGCCAGGGCCAAGGGGGGCACCUCUUGAAAUGGUAUCUAAAGAACUACUGAAGAAAUCCAAAUCUGUUCAAGAUCUAAGAGAACAAGAUAAAGAAACAGGCUUUAGUCUGACUGGGAGGUUCUCAAUGCGGGCAAAGAGAUCAACAUCCAUUGAUAAGAAGGGUGAGAAAUCAAAGGAGGAAAAGUGUUACGAUGUGCAGGAAACUGGUGUACGCAAGAGGGUUUCAUGGGCUUUUGGUCGCAGUAAGUCCCUGGAUACAAAGGAUUUGAACAGCGCAGGGGCACAGAGGCCACUUGAUGAGAGAGAAGAAAGUAAAGCUGAUGAGUCAUCGGUUUCUGCUAUGAGGCGCAUAUUUGAGUCUAAAGUGGCAGGAAUCUCUGCCAAAAUAAGGACCCAGUCAGAGGAGAGGAAGAAGAAAGAUGCUCAGGGGAGUCAGAAAGAGCUGGUUCAAAAAGAUUUGAAGAAGGUUACAGAUUCUCCUGUCUUGGCAAUGCGACAAAGGUUUGAAAACAAUUUUCAUUCCCAGUCUGAGGGACGCGGGCUCAAAGGAAUGGGCAUCCCUGAAAAUCAACUAGCAAAGCAGACUGGCGCUGGUGCAUCCAAGGAAUCAGUUGAAUCCACUUCUAGUAUCACUUCUGAAAAGGCCUCAGACAGUGACAGGAGAUCACGGUGGGACAGGUGGGGUUUGACAAGGGGCAAGAAAGACAAAACCCCUUCCCAGUCUGAUCUGCCUUCACCUGCCGCCAAAGAGGAUUGUUUGCCAUUUAUCUGCUCUGCUUUGGAUUUUGCUCCAGUGUUCCACAUCAAACUGAAAGACCACAUCUUACUGGAGGGGGAUCCUGUCACUCUUAGCUGCCUUCCAGCUGGAAGUCCACACCCAGAAAUUACAUGGAUGAAAGAUCGGAAACCACUGGAGGGGAAUGACAGAAUCAGCCUAAUCUCCCACCCAGAUGGUCAGCAGCUUCUUAUGAUCAUGAAGUCCAGCCAGAGGGAUGCUGGAAUAUAUGAAUGUAUAGCUACCAACCCAUUAGCUAUUGUCAUCACCUCCUGUACACUGGCCAUAGCUUGUAUCCCAGAACGACCAGGGACCCCUGAAGUCCCCCAGACUUUCUGCAACACAGCCUUGGUGCUCUGGAAGCCAUCGGACACCAAGUCUCCCUGUAGCUACACACUGGAACGAAAAACAGAAGGGGAUUCUGCCUGGCUGACUGUAGCAACUGGAAUUGUUGAUUGUUACUACAACGUCACAGACCUGCCAUCAGGCGGCUCCUUUAGGUUCCGUGUCUGCUGUGUCAACAAGGCCGGACAGGGACUGUACAGUAACUACUCAGCUCCAGUCAGCCUGGACUCCACAGGUAUGGGAGCUUCACCCACUGUAGCAGUUGUAAAGACAGUCCCAACUCCACCUGAACCAGUGGUUACCUCUUCAGCAACUGUCUCCCCACUCAAAACAGUCCAGAGCAGCGGUCCCAGAAUAACUGCCUCCACCUUUGCUUCUCCCUCCACCUCUCCAAAAGAUGCAGCCUGCCCUGUUGCUUUCCCACUUGCAAUUACAUCAAAAACAGUAGUCAGUCCCAACCCUCCACCCUCUCUACCUUCCAGCUCUGCAGCACAUCCCCCAUCACAGUCUGCAGGCACAACAACCGAGGAGGCUCAAAAAACCAUCUCUACUCUUCCUUCUUCACCCACAGUCAAAGUACCUCCACCCUUUGUCCUCCCCAAACCCCAGAGUCCAGUGAACGUGGUGACCCCAAUGACCCAGACCCCACCAAUAUCACCCCCACUUCCUCUUGUAACCCCACUGUCAACACCAACCAAACCAGCAGUGGCCUCCGUGCCCUCAUACAUCCCCACCACUACAGUCACUGCCCGUGUGUCCCCCAGUCCUGUCUGCUUUACUCCCCAAGUGCUCCAGACAUCUAGCCUGAGCCCCAUUGGUGAAGGCGCCAGUACCCCCACCAGAGACACCCCAUCAGGACGCAGUACACCCUCCUCCACUCUACGACCAGGAGUUCCACAGAAACCAUACACCUUCCUGGAUGAGAAAUCCAGGGGUCGGUUCGGAGUGAUUCGUGAGUGCAGAGAGAACGCAACAGGCAAAAUCUACAUGGCAAAGAUCAUCCCCUACAGCCAAGAGAACAAGCAGGAGGUUCUGAGGGAGUAUGAAAUCCUGAAAUCUCUUCACAAUGAAAAGGUCAUGGCUCUGCAUGAAGCCUACAUCACACCGCGCUACCUGGUGCUGGUGGCAGAGUACUGCACUGGCAAAGAGCUGCUGUACAGCCUCAUAGACAGGUUCCGUUACUCUGAGGAUGACGUGGCAGGCUACUUGGUCCAGAUCGUCCAGGCAGUCGAGUACCUCCACAGCCACCGCAUCCUCCACCUGGACCUCAAGGUGGAUAACAUCAUGGUGACCAACCUCAAUGCCAUCAAGAUCGUGGACUUUGGAAGUGCUCAGAGUUUCAACCCACUCAACCUCAAACACCAUGUCUCAGGAGCAGGAACACUAGAGUACAUGGCUCCUGAGAUGGUGAAAGGUGAGGUCAUUGGACCUCCUGCGGAUAUUUGGACUGUUGGAGUUGUCACCUACAUCAUGCUGAGUGGCCGGCUACCCUUCGAAGAUAAAGACCCGCUGAAAGUCGAGUCCAAAAUCCUGAUGGCGAAGUUUGACCCAACAAAACUGUACCCAAAUGUGUCCCAAAGUGCCUCUGUCUUUUUAAAGAAGAUGUUGAGCAGUUACCCUUGGGCCCGGCCAACUACGCGCGACUGCUUCACACAUGUCUGGCUGCAGGAUACUUACCUAAUGAAGCUGAGGAGACAGACUCUCACCUUCACCUCCAGCCGACUUAAAGAGUUCCUGGUGGAACAACAAUGCCGUCGCGCUGAGGCCGCCACCAAGCACAAGGUGCUAUUGCGCACCUACCACGGCUCAUCCCGGCCGCCAGCGUCUGGGACUACACUGCAUGUUCCCAGCACAAAGUGAGAUUACAGGGAAUAUUCAUCACCAGACAUGAGUUUACAGAGUUGGAGCUGUUACACUGAAGCAGAACAAGCUUUGGCAUUUUAACGCCCCUGUGAAUACCUGCUGCAUGAAAAAUUUCAGCUUGCUAAGUGAGGCACAGGCAAACACAGGGGAGUUGGGCAGACAGCUGGAAAUGGCUGGCACUAAUGGGAUUCUGGGCUGAAACAAAACCAGACGAGAAGCAGGUGGCCAUGAUGUGUUUAUUGAAUUGAUGAAGUUCAGAACUGCUCAUAAACCAUCGGUCCACUGAAAGAACACAAGGUGUUCUCUGGUGUUCGUUAAUGGCUUACACAAUUCCUCAGUCAUAUUAUGAAAUCUUGCACAUUAAUGUUUGGUUUAGAUAAACAUAGCUCUCCGCUCUGCACAAUCAUUAGCAUUUCUACCACGUAACCUUGUUUAAGUCACUGAAUUUAGUAAACAGCUCAUGUGAAUGUACCUUGAUUUCAGUUGCUAAUUUAUUUUUGCAUUUACUUACACAUUUUGAAACUCAAAACCAAAAAUAUUCAUUUUUCUUUAAAUUGUUUAUAUUUUCAUGUUAAUUUAUUUGCACGUGUGUGUGCGUGAGCAUUUUUGGUUCACCUUUUGAAUUAGCAUUGAGAUAAAAAAACAAAUAAAAUAAGGAGUGUCAUUGUGAUUGGUGUUAAGAUUCACACAGUAAAAAUGAACUGUUUUAGGGUGAACUAGGAAUUUGUGGUACAAUUUCUUGUUCUGUGGUUAAAACUGAACUCUAACUGUAAUACUGCUAUGAAAAGCAGUCUGUAAUGUAGAUAACAUUUUACUUGGAAAAGUCAUACACACUGGUAAAUUGUUGUGGUUUCUCAGUAUUCCCAUUAGUUGGUCAGGUUGCUCAAAUCACGAUCACCCAGUCAGUGCCUAAAUUGGAUUAGUAUCCAAUAUAUUUAUCUUGUAAAUGUGUCCCCAUUGGUUCUAAAUCACAGUUGAAAUAUUUGAGCAAAAAAAAAAUUGGCUUUACAAGAAAAGACAGAUGCAUAUAGAUUCUUACAUACAUGCACACAUUUCUACAUGCGAACUUGCAGUAAAUGCAGUCCUUGUAAUAACAGAAAGUAUUGUGUAUUGCGCUAUCACAGUGUUCCUUUUUUGUAUGAAUUUGGACGGUUGAACAUUUGUAAAUGUGCCAAUUUGCAGUGUUUAUAUGUGGAAAAAGUUUAAAUGUUUUUAUGAGAGAGUAUGUAAUAAACUAUUGAUACAAU